AAUGCCUCCAAUAUUCAGUCCAAGAUUCGGCUUCCUCCAGUGAAUACACAGCCGCGCACCGCGUUUGACGGGUUCUUUUGGGUUAAUUAGUGAGAUAGGUUACUGUUUUUUUGGGUGAUUUUUGUGCUUUUUAGAAUGAAGAUUUUAGUGGUUCUGGCAUGUGUGGCCGUUGCUUCGGCACGACCGGAAGCUCCGCUGCAAGGAUAUAACUACGCAGCACCGGCACCACGUCCUAUUGUGCACUCGGCAGUGUCCUCGUCGGCUGCCAGCUCGGGUGGACAUGGUGGAUACUACCAAGCACCUGCCCCCGCUCCGGUGUUCCACCCAGCCCCAGCUCCGGCUCCAGUGUUCCACCACCAUCAAGCCCAAGCGGCCCCGUCGUUCCAUGGACAGGCUCAUCACUCGGCUGGAUUCGGAGGCUCGUCCGGAUUCGGAGGCUCGUCCGGAUUUGGAAGCUCGUCCGGAUUCGGAUCUUCGAUUGGUUCGUCCGGUGCUGGAUUUGGUGGCCUGUCUUCGUCUGGCUUUGGAUCCGCUGUGUCCUCGGGAGCAUCUUUCGCUCCCCAGCAGACCGUCGUCCAGAAGCACAUCUACGUGCACGUGCCCCCGCAGGAGCCCGAGGAGACCCGCGCCCAGCAGGUCGUGAGCCAGGGAGUCCCCCGUAAGCACUACAAGAUCAUCUUCAUCAAGACCCCGAACGUGCAGCCCUCGGCCGCCCAGAUCGCGCUCCAACAGGCCCAACAGGAGGAGAAGACCAUCGUGUACGUGCUGGUCAAGAAGCCCGAGGACCAGGCCGACAUCAACAUCCCGCAGUUGGCCCCUCUGCCACCAAGCAAGCCCGAGGUCUACUUCAUCAAGUACAAGGCCAACAAGGGAGCGGCGGGCAGUGCCGCCGGAAUUGCCAACGCCAUCAGCGGAUCGCUGGGAGGUGCCGGAUUCGGUGGAGCGAUAUCCUCGGGCUCGGCUCUGUCUUCCGGCUCCGGAUUCGGUGGAGCGAUAUCCUCGGGCUCGGCUUCGUCCUCGUCCAGCUCCGGCCACGGAUUCGAUGCGGCGUUAGGAUCGUCCGGAUCGGCCAUCAGCAGUGGAAGUCUGCCUCACACUGAGUAUGGCGCCCCUACCGGUGGACACGGUGGUCACCAGGGAUACCACUAAGUGCCAAAGUACCUUCGCCAACGCCUACAAUUUACCGAUGACACUUCUUCCGGAACAAUGCAACAGACACACACACACACUUGACACUUGCACAUAACCCCGCGAUACCUCCGUAUUUGCUUUAAAACUAGUCUAGUAAGGACGAAUGCGUGCGCGAAGAUUUCCAGAACUCGGUUUAGACCCACUUCCGGCACACCCACACAAACCAACGGAAACGUCAGGAACUUGGCGCGACCACAGCGCCCCUCGCUUGGGCGGCCAUCUUUCUUUUUCUUAACGGUGACAGAAGAAAGAUGGCGCCCGGGGGCACAGCUCUACUUCUUUGCUUUUAAAGGUUCUACAAGCUGAUGUUCAACUUUCUGUCUUUCUGUGGACACGUGCCAAGUUCCGGAUGACCCCCCAAGAAGAGACUAUGUUUAGUGUUUAGUUUAGAAGCAAACUGAAACUGACAAUUUUUUGCGCUGUUAAAUUAUUGAACAAAAAUACGAGAUAUCAAGAGACGAUGAGAGGUGCGUAAUUUUAAGACUCGUAGGGACCCUAGAUAAAAGAGAGAAGAAACAAAUUGUUGUCUAUAUCUAACCGUAAGAGAAAAAUAUAUAAAAAAUAAAAACAAGAGAUUUUACAAAAUAAAACUAAACGCUGUAUUUCAUUGGC